AUGAUCCGGGUGCUGUGCUGCAGUGUGAGCCACUGCCAGGGGCCGACCACCACUGCAGGCUCACCCCCCACACCACGGCCUGCCACCACUGCCAAACUCUCUAGUACUGCCAUAACCACUUCUUUGGUUUCUCCUAGUACCCUCAGCCACACUUCAGCUAUUUCCACACCCACUGGUACUUCCAAAGAGAAUCUGUCCUCCUCUCUGCUGAGUAGCAGCACUACAGUCAUCUCUACUCCACUCUCCAGUUCCACGGGCUGCAAACCUCAAUGUACCUGGUCAGAUUGGCUGGACCACAGUUCACCCAUCCCUGGGAGUUCUGGAGGGGAAUUUGAGACCUAUGCCAACAUCAGAGCAGCUGGAAUUGCUAUAUGUGAAAAGCCCCUGCACUUAGAAUGUGAUGUUGCUGACCAUGUGCCUCAGCAGGAGUUGAAUCAGGUGAUCAACUGCAGUUUGAGCUUUGGUCUGGUGUGCAGGAACCUGGACCAGCCGGGGCCCUUUAGUGUAUGCCUCAACUACCGCAUCCGUGUGCUUUGCUGUGAUGACUAUAGUCACUGCCCUAGUACCCCUUCCAGCACCCGAACGUCAGCACUGUCCUGGUCGACCCAUAAUCCUCUGGUCCCUUUCACAACCACAGUGGCCUCAAGCACUGAGUCCACCUUUCAGACCAAGCAUUCCUUCAGCUCCCCAGUUCCAAGUACCCAAGCAUCCACAGGGGCCACACUUACUGACUCGGGCUGUGCACCUCAAUGCACAUGGACAGACUGGUUUGAUGCAGACUUCCCUAAUCCUGGUCCCAGAGGCGGGGACUUUGAGGUCUAUGCAGUGCUACGUGAGGUUGGCUUUGUGUUCUGUGAGCAGCCCAAGGACAUCCAGUGCCGCUCUGAGAAGGAACCAGACAAGCCCUUGGAAACUCUAGAGCAGGUGGUCCAGUGUGAUGUGCGAUUUGGACUGAUAUGCAAGAAUAUCAACCAAUCGGGGCCUUUGCAAUAUUGUGACAACUACCAUGUGCGCCUCCUCUGCUGUGAUAACACCACCCACUGUACCACCCCACCCAUGGCCACCCCCUCCACUGUUCCUUCUACCUCUACCGUGUUGUCCACUCACACUUCCCCAACCUCAAACACCAUGACUUCUUCCCCUGUGGCCACCAACUCCACUGUGCCCCACUCCUCUUCCCUAGUGCCCACUCCCACCUCUCCAGUUCUGACCACUGCAACUUCACCUGGAGCCACGGGCCCUACUGCAGCCCCCUCCUCCACUGCAGAGACCACCCACACCCCUGAACUUUCCUCCAGUAGUCAGGUGACCUUCAGCAUGUCUACUGUUUCCCCCGUGCGCCUCAGUACCCUUAGAUCUACUGUCUUUUCCAGUCAAUCAGUUUCCCCGUCACCCUGUUUCUGCCGGGCAUUUGGACAGCUCUUUUUACCUGGAGAUGUCAUCUACAAUAAGACUGAUGGAGCUGGCUGCCAAUUCUAUGCCACCUGCAACCAAAACUGUGAGCUUGACCGCUUCCAAGGUGCCUGUCCCUCCUCUUCACCUCCAGUGCCGUCUACCCAUGUACCUUUGUCUACCCUGCUUCCUGGCUGUGAUAAUGCCAUCCCUCCCCGGCAGGUGAAUGAGUCCUGGACCCUGGAGAACUGUACAGUGGCUAGGUGCCAGGGAAAUAACCAAAUCAUCCUUGAAGAGCCAGAGCCUGUGGACAAUGUCACCUGUGUCAACAAGCACUCGCCCAUCAAAGUGUGGGACCAGGAGCCUUGCCACUUCCACUAUGAGUGCGAAUGCUUCUGCAGUGGAUGGGGGCAGUCACACUACCUGACAUUUGAUGGCACCUCCUAUACUUUCCUGGACAACUGUACCUCGGUGCUCAUGAGAGAGAUCCACCCUCGCCAUGGCAACCUGAGCAUCCUUGCUCACAGCUACUACUGUGGGGCUACUACCAAUGCCACCUUCUGUCCCCGUGCCCUCAGUGUGAACUACAACUCUAUGGAGAUUGUCCUCACCAUCACCACCACUGGCAGUGGGAAGGAGGAGAGCCUGGUCAUAUGGGACCAAAUGUUGAUAAACUCAGGCUACAGUAAGAAUGGUGUGACAGUGUCCUUGAGCGGCACCACCACAAUGAGUGUCAACAUUUCCACCAUUGGCACCAGCAUCAGUUUUGAUGGGCACAUCUUCCAGAUAUGGUUACCCUACAGAUACUUCAGCAACAAUACUGAGGGCCAGUGUGGUACCUGCACCAAUAGCCAGACAGAUGACUGCCGCCGGCCAGAUGGCACCAUAGCUUCCAACUGCCAGGACAUGGCCAGACACUGGCUGGUUCCCGGGAACAGCAACAACAGCUGCUUAGCUCAGCCUAGCCCUGCCCCGAGCACCACUUCCCAGCCCCCAGUAUCCAGCACAUCCACCUCUACCCCAUGUCCCACUGCACCCCUCUGUCAGCUGAUGCUGAGCCAGGUCUUCGCUGAGUGCCACAGGCUCAUCCCUCCAGAUACCUUCUUCAGUUCCUGUGUCAAUGACCACUGCAAUGCCAAUGUUACUGACAUGCUCUGUCAAAGCCUGGAGGCCUAUGCAACACUCUGCCGGGCCCGGGGUGUGUGCAUCAACUGGCGCAAUGCUACUGAAGGGCUAUGUGACCUCUCCUGUCCACCCACUAAGGAAUACAGGCCUUGUGGACCCCUGCAUCCAGCAUCCUGCAGCUCCAGGACCAUGAGUAUUUCAACUGAGAUGCUGGCAGAGGGCUGCUUCUGCCCUGAGAAUCAGCUCCUCUUCAACUCCCGCAUGGACAUCUGUGUGCAGGAGUGUCCCUGCGUGGGACCUGAUGGGCUGCCCAAGUUUCCGGGAGAACACUGGAUCAGCAACUGCCAGUCCUGUGUGUGCGACCCCAGCUCUGUGUCGGUACACUGUGAGCCAGUGCAGUGUGAGAGCCAGGAGCUCCCACAGUGCACAAAAGCUGGCUUUGUGACUGUGACCAGGCCCAAGGCAGACAAUCCAUGCUGCUCCGAGACAGACUGUGUCUGCAAUACAACCACCUGCCCCAAGAGUCUGUCCAAGUGUGAGCCAGGGCAUGAACUGAUCCGUAUCUACGAGGAGGGCAGCUGCUGCCCCAGCUCCAUCUGCCGACCCAUGAUGUGCACACACAAUGACACCCUCUAUGGGGUUGGUGCAAACUUCCCAGGGGAUGUUCCCUGCCAAACAUGCACCUGCUUCUCUGUGGGCAAUCAAGAACCAAAAGUAGAGUGUAGAAAGAUCCUUUGUACCACCUCCUGCCCCCAGGGCUUUAAGUACACGCUGGUGUCAGGGCAGUGCUGUGGCGAGUGUGUACAGGAUGCCUGCUUCACGCCAGAGGGCCAGGCAGUGAAGCCCAGUGAAACCUGGGUGAACAGCCACGUGGACAACUGCACGGUGUACAUCUGUAAGGCUGAGAAUGGAAUCCAUGUACUGACUCCACUCCCCAUGUUAUGCCCUGAUGUGUCCAACUGUAAGGGAACCAUAAGGAAAAUAGGUUGCUGCUACUCCUGUGAAAAAGAAGGUAAUACAUGUCAAGUACGUGUAAGCACAACCAUCCUGCGGCAUAAGGGCUGUGAAACAGAGAUGGCAGUCAACGUCACCUUCUGCGAGGGUUCCUGCUCUGGAAUGUCCAAGUACUCCUUGGAGGCCCAGGCCACGGAGCAUCAGUGCACCUGCUGUCAGGAGAGCAAGGUCCAUGACGUAGCUGUGGCCAUGCAGUGUCCCAACGGUACAGUCAUCCAACACACCUAUACCCACGUCGAUGAAUGCAGCUGUGCCCUGGCCUGCAGUUCCCUGCCCAUGGCAUCCAUGAACACUCCCUAAAGCCCAGUGCUGGAAGGCAAUUGCAUCCCCCAACCCCUCAUGUCCCUCCACUUGGAGCAGAACCUGCACAACUGACAAUGAAAACCUUAGGCAUGCAUGCUCCAUGUGGCCCACAAGGACCCUCUGUGGUUCCCACUGCCUCUGUUCCACCCUCUGCCUGCCAUGUGGUGAAGCCAGCAUCAUGGAGGGUAAUGGGACAAUUAAGAUCCGCUUGAGGAGGGUGCCAGGGGAGGAUUUGGCCCUUGGAGACCCUCUUGACUGUCUUGGCUCAUCCUCUGUGGUGACAUAUAGAUGUCUUGGAGAAAAACAGAAAGCCUGUGGCUAUACGACUCCCCACAGCAAGGCUGUGUGCCCUUUAUCACAUAAAGAAGCCCUUUGCCAGUCAUCUCAAGUAAACACAGGCGGAUGGGACUGUCCAAGAAAGACAAGCUACCAGAGAGCUGUGUCAGGCAAGAUAGCUGCCUGCUGGAGGGGCCCUGAGAACUGGGGUUAGAGAGGGGCCUGUGCUCACCC